GACCGCUUCAUACCAGUACAGAGCAGAUCCUGUAUAGCUGGUAUAAAUACGAGCGUGGAUUGACGUCUAGUUUUUUAAAAUAAAGAUACUUCUGGAUAAAAGCACAAGCCGCUCAAGAGAUCUAUUUUUCUUCGCUUGAAAAUGGCUACUGUGGCAGUAAACACUUUGCCGACGGUUCCAAGAACGUACGACGACAUCGAUGAAGUCGUGAAUGACAUAAACGUGGACGACAACGAAAAGGACGAAGUCUCGUGCGAUGAGUAUGAAUGUGACGUCAGCUCGUGUGAUGGCACAUCUACUAGUGACGAGUGCGAGAAGAAUGCCGAGGAGGCGACACCGACUAUCACCCAGUCUGUCGAUAGCCUCAGCACGGACGCCAAGGAAACUGACUUCUUGUACAAGAUGGUGGACCUCAUUUUCAGGGAGGCCAUUGUGGAUGAGACGCAGAGUAACAACAGGCCAGUGUGUAAUUUCCUGUCACCGGAGGAGCUGUGUGCGAGUCUCACGGAACUUAGCAUCGGUCAGGAGGGCAGCGAUGCGAACAAACUCAUCGAUUUUGCCGAGAAAGUCAUCAAGAACAGCGUGAAGACCGCCCAUCCCCGGUUUUUCAACCAGCUAUAUGGCGGACUCAGCAAGUAUUCCAUUGCCGGGGCGUGGUGCGCCGAGGUCCUCAACUCCAGCAUGUACACGUACGAGGUGGCUCCCGUGUUCACGAUAAUGGAGCGGGAGAUAUACACCAAGAUGUUGGGACUUGCCGGGUUUCGGGGUGGGGACGCCAUCUUUGCCCCCGGUGGCUCAAUCUCGAACCUGUACGCUGUAAACAUCGCCAGGCACCACAAGUUUCCACAGAUCAAAACCAAGGGCGUUUUCAGCGUCAAGAAACCCAUCUGCAUCUUCGCAAGUGACCAGUGCCACUACUCUGUCCAGAAGGCGGCAGCGGCCCUCGGUAUUGGCUCCGACAAUGUCAUUUCCGUCGCCAGUGACAACAAAGGCCGUAUGCUAGUGAGCAAACUGGAAAUGGAAAUAGAAAAGUCCGUUCUUGAGGGCUUGGAGCCUUUUAUGGUGGUUGCGACGGCAGGAACGACUGUGUACGGCGCCUACGACCCGAUAGCCGACAUUUCCGGGAUCUGUGAGAAGUACGGCAUCUGGCUGCACGUGGACGGCGCCUGGGGCGGCAGCGUUCUGCUCUCUAAAACGCACCGGCACUUAAUGGAAGGAAUUGAGAAAGCGGACUCAUUGACGUGGAACGCACACAAACAGAUGGGUGUAGGUCAGCAAUGUUCCGUGUUUCUCACCAAACAUAAGGGCCUCCUGAUGUCCUGUCACUCUGCCAGCGCCAAGUACCUCUUCCAGCCAGAUAAACAUUAUGACGUAAGCUAUGACACCGGGGAUAUGUCGCUGCAGUGUGGCCGGAAGAACGACGUCUUUAAACUCUGGCUCACGUGGAAGGCUAUCGGAGAGAUCGGAAUGGAGAAAAACGUCGACCACCUGUUUGCGCUGUCGAGGCAUCUAGCGACGAAGCUUAAACAGACAGAUGGCUUUCGUCUCAUUAUGGAGCCCAUGUGCACGAACGUUUGCUUCUGGUACAUUCCACCGAGCAUGCGUGACAUACCGGAGACUCCCGAAUGGUGGCAGUCGCUUGGCAAGGUCACGGCCACAAUUAAGAAACUCAUGGUGAAGGCGGGCUCCAUGAUGAUCACGUACAACCCCGAGGGUAGCCGAGUGAACUUCUUCCGGAUGGUGUGCACGAACAAAGACACUACAUUUUCUGACAUGGAUUUUGUCGUUGACGAAAUAGUCGCCCUUGGUGUUUUGUUAUAAUAGACAGCCACGUAUGAACUGUGUUCCAUUCCUAUUGCUUUUGACUUUGCCAAAAUCAAAAGCUCAAAGUGGUUCGCUCGCAACAAGCGAAUCCAAUGUCAGCAAGCCAAAGGCCGUCCUGGCAUAUCACAGGGCCGGAAGGAUCAGGGCCGUGAUGAGAUGAUAUAGAAAGGUGUUUCUCGAUACGAAGUUGCGAAUACAUCUGAAGUAAUGAUGGCCACAAGUGUUGUGAAUUUAUUGCUUUAAAUCAAUGUUUAAGGAUAUGCAAUUGUUUAGCUAUGUUCUUCAGCUGCUAUUUAUAUUAUUUACAUGCUUCUCAUAUUUAUGUUAAAUGUCAUUUAUUUAAAUAUUUUGAGCUUAUAUGUAACCAUGUGAAUGGUUUUACGAUACAUGUAUCUGUAUUUGCUAAAGGGUUGAAAAUACAAUGUACUAAUAUUUCAUGAAAUAUGAAGCGAUGAGAUAUAUAGUGUGAACAUAACUUUAUGUUAAUUACCUUUAAUGACGAGGGUCUAUGUAGUCUAAGUCAAAAAAUAAAACUUAUGUUCUGUUCAUAAA